CCCCACCCCGCAACAGGAGCCGGAGCCGCGGCGGAGGUGCUGGGAGCGAGUGGCGGCGGGGCCGAGCGAGCGGGCGGGCUGGGAGCCGCGGGCAGGAGGGGGCGGCGCUGAGAAGGCACAAGCCCAGCCGAUAUCUUGUCCCCCCCUGCGAGCCCGCCCGUCUUGCGGAAGACCCGCCGCCGCCGCCGCCGCCAAGGGAGAGAAGGCGUAGGAGGCGGCCCAGGUUUUCUGAGGUGCUGCUAUGAAACCUCGCAGGAGGUCCCGGCAGGCUCUAGAAGGGAGACGUUCUCCUUCACCGUAUAGUUUGAAAUGCUCACCCACGCGAGAGACUUUGACAUAUGCCCAGGCACAGCGAAUAGUGGAAGUUGAUAUCGAUGGACGUCUCCAUCGCAUUAGCAUUUAUGAUCCUCUAAAGAUAAUUACAGAGGAUGAGCUGACUGCCCAGGACAUAACAGAAUGCAAUAGCAAUAAAGAGAACAGUGAACAACCACUGUUUCCUUCCAAAUCCAAGAAAACUCAGUCUAAAGGCAAAAAAAAGGAGGCAGGUAACAAACAUGCUCCUGGGACAUCUUUCCAUCUACCUCAGCCUAGUUUUCGGAUGAUUGAUUCCCUCAACCAGCCAGACGCUCCAACCCUUCCUACUGCAUACUAUCAGUACAUUGAGAAAUCACCUGAGGAUAUUGACGUAGACGUGGAAUAUGAUAUGGAUGAGGAGGAUCUGGCUUGGCUUGAUAUUGUCAAUGAGAAGAGAAAGAAUGAUGGCUAUGGGUCAAUUGCUGAGACUUUUGAAUUGCUGGUAGAUCGGUUGGAGAAGGAAUCAUACCUGGAGAGCCGCAACAAUGGACCCCAGCAGACUCUGAUAGAUGAGGAUGCGGUUUGCUGUGUUUGCAUGGAUGAUGAGUGUCAUAACAGCAAUGUCAUUUUGUUUUGUGACAUUUGCAAUUUGGCUGUCCACCAGGAAUGCUACGGAGUGCCCUAUAUCCCUGAGGGACAGUGGCUUUGUCGCUGCUGCCUACAAUCCCCUUCCCGCCCUGUUGAUUGUGUUUUGUGCCCAAACAAAGGUGGAGCCUUCAAACAGACUAGUGAUGGUCAGUGGGCCCAUGUUGUUUGUGCUAUCUGGAUCCCUGAAGUCUGUUUUGCGAAUACUGUGUUUCUGGAACCCAUUGAAGGGAUAGACAAUAUCCCACCUGCUCGGUGGAAGCUAACUUGCUACAUCUGCAAACAGAAGGGCAUGGGAGCUGCUAUUCAGUGUCACAAGGUGAACUGCUAUACUGCCUUCCAUGUUACUUGCGCCCAGAGGGCUGGUCUCUUCAUGAAGAUUGAGCCCAUGAGGGAGACCAGCCUCAAUGGUACAACAUUCACUGUACGUAAAACUGCUUAUUGUGAAGUACAUUCCCCUCCUGGCAUAGAGAAGAAAGGGCGUACAAAUAUUGUUCGUGAAGGGGAAGAGGAGACUGCAAAGAAUGAAAUAGAGGAUGAGGGCACUCCCAAGAACAAGAGUAGAGUGAAGUUGAAGCAGAAAGUAAAGAAGGAAACCUAUGCAUCUGCACCUUUGCUGAUGGUCACACAAAUCCCUUCUUAUCGGUUGAAUAAAAUAUGCAGUGGGCUCUCCUUUCAGAGAAAGAAUCAAUUUAUGCAGAGACUACACAAUUACUGGCUGCUAAAGCGUCAGUCAAGAAAUGGAGUCCCACUGAUACGGCGGCUACAUUCUCAUUUACAGUCCCAGAGAAAUGCAGAACAGAAAGAGCAAGAUGAAAAGAACAGUGCAGUAAAGGAAGAACUGAAAUAUUGGCAGAAACUGCGACAUGACUUGGAAAGGGCACGGUUACUCAUUGAACUGAUCCGUAAGCGGGAGAAACUCAAACGUGAGCAGGUAAAGAUUCAGCAAGCUGCUAUGGAGUUACAGCUCACACCAUUCAAUGUGCUGCUCCGCACAACACUGGAUCUGCUUCAGGAAAAGGAUCCAGCCCAGAUCUUUGCAGAGCCUGUAAACCUGAGUGAGGUUCCAGAUUACCUGGAAUUCAUUUCCAAGCCAAUGGAUUUUUCUACCAUGAGGCAGAAGCUGGAGUCCCACCAGUACGGAACACUGGAUGAGUUUGAGGAAGACUUUAACCUUAUUGUUACCAACUGCAUGAGAUAUAAUUCCAAAGACACAAUUUUCCACCGAGCAGCUGUCCGACUGAGAGACCUUGGAGGGGCAAUAUUGCGCCAUGCACGGCGGCAAGCUGACAGUAUUGGUUUUGACCCCAAAGUGGGGAUUCACUUGCCUGAAUCACCGAAGACAGAUGAUUUUUAUCGGUUUUCUUGGGAGGAUGUGGAUAACAUUCUACUCCCCGAAAACCGGGCUCACCUUUCCUUGGAGGUACAACUGAAGGAGCUGUUGGAAAAGCUGGACAUGGUGAGCACCAUGCGGUCAAGUGGUGCCCGUACCCGUCGCAUUCGUCUCUUGAGACGUGAAAUCAACUCCAUCCGACAGAAGCUGGCCCAGCAGCAGAACAAAACCAUGCCAAAUGGAGACCCAGCUCCUUGGGAGGAGGGUUUGGACAAGAUGCUGCAAGGAGACCAGGAUGAUGAUGCGGAGAAAGCAGAUGACACCAAGCCCCCACUUCCCCCCACCCUGGAGCCCACAGGACCUGCACCCUCCCUAUCGGAGCUGGACUCUCUGCAGGACCCUCCAACUCUCAAACCCAUUAGCGAAAGCAAGUCCUUGAACAGACUACAUAAGCGGCUGAAGUCCGAGGGCGAGCUCUUUGAUAAGAAGACGCUGCAGAGGGAGAGCCACGCCUUCCAGCGCUUGCUCGGCGACAACGGCCUGAAUGGAUUGGCCCUUCAGGCCACGGGCGCUUCUGUCAGUCCUCCAUUUAGUGGAGUGGGCAGACGGACAUCUGUCCUUUUUAAAAAAGCCAAGAACGGGGUGAAACGGCAAAGAGGUCUGGAGUGCCCCCUUGAGAAUGGAGAGGACCGCAGCCACAGUGGGCAGCUCUCCCCCUCCAGCAUAGAGGGUGAGCGGCCAUCCCGGAAACGGCCUCAGAGUGGGAGCUGCAGCAAGAGCGAUGGCGAGAAAUCCCCCAGGCAGGCAGGAGCGACAGCAGCAGUGACCAAUGGCUUCAGAAGGCAUAGAGAGAGUGGGUCUGACUCAGAGUGCAGUUCUGGUCUUGGCAAUGGUCUCCCACAUGAUGUUUUGAGGGGUCUGAUUCCUCACAAACAGAGCCGAGGAAAGCCUGCUCUUGCACGGGUCCCAUUCUUGGAUGGUGUGAAUGGAGAGUUGGACUACAGCAGCUCAGGUAGAAAUCUAUUGAUGUCCUUUGAGGAGCAAACUGAACUAGAACCACUGGAGCUUGUGUGGGCAAAGUGUCGUGGCUAUCCUUCUUACCCUGCACUGAUAAUUGAUCCUGAGAUGCCCCGAGAGGGGCUCCUUCACAACGGAGUCCCAAUCCCCGUUCCCCCUCUGGAAGUAUUGAAGCUCGGGGAGCAGAAACAGGCAGAAGCUGGAGAAAAGCUUUUCCUUGUCCUUUUCUUUGAUAACAAGAGGACAUGGCAGUGGCUUCCGCGGGACAAAGUUUUCCCUCUUGGAGUAGAUGAUACAGUGGAUAAACUAAAGAUGAUGGAAGGACGGAAAACCAGCAUCCGCAAAUCUGUCCAGGUGGCUUAUGACCGGGCCAUGAUUCAUAUGAGUCGAGUCCGGGGAGACCAUCCUUUUGUCACGCCAAAUUAUCUGUAGGGACUGAAACAACCUGCUCUGCCCUCCCUUUUCACCCCAAUAAUAAUGUCUGCCUCUAUAGGAACUGUGGCAGAUGUGCACUGAUCAGUUGGAUCAGUAGGGUUCUUCCACUCCGUUGUGUGUUUUUUUAAAUGUUCGUAGGAGAGAUGCACUUUUCCUAGCUAUAGGAAAAGCUCCUGUAAAGUUCCUGGAAUGUGCCAAAAGUCUGUCUGGUUUCUUUCUGUCAAUGACGAGCCAGCAGAAGAGGAAGUAAAGGAGUGGUCUGACCAGCCGGAAGAUGUCAGGAGUGGCUGUACUGUAAUGCCUUGGCCCUGUCAGAAUCUUAGAUCAGGUUAUAAGUGAAAAGGAAAGCUGAACUCAUUUGCUGAGUGGAACUGAAGCCACCCGGGUGUCUUGGGUUUUCAGUCUUCAGCAAGUCCUGAAGAAUUUUCUGGAGCCCACCAGCAGUGAAAACAGCCCCACUAUAGAAGACUCAUGUGUGCCAAAUUAACAGUAAUAUUCAUCAUGCUUUUCCCAUGUCAUUUUUUAAAGCUUUGAUUUGCCUCACUGCAUCUAUGCAUUUAUAACCUAGGUUUUUUUAAUCUCAUGCCCAGGUUUAAAUAUGUUAUAUGUUUUCAGGUUCAAUCUAACCAACAGAAAAAUAUAAAGAAAAUGUUUUAGUGAGUUCUCACUUUUCCACAUAUAUGCUUAUAUUGCAGAGCUUUAAAUGUGAAAAAGAAAUAUCUAUUAAAUUAAAAUGUGUGUGAUUAAGUUUUUGGAGUAAGGAUUUUUUUGCUUUGUUUUUUUUGCACUUCAGUUCAAUAAUUUGGGAGCUUCAGCUUCUGGUCAGUACAUUACUAAAACUGGGCAAAACAGUGUUUUCAAACGUCUUUCAGAAAGCAUCUAAUUUGCUACAACAGCUUCAUUUGAUAGUUAACAGUUGAGGAAAACAACCUGUAUCCAUGGACCCAAUGUGAAGGCGUUGCUUACAGAUCUCUGAGCAGUGGCUGCCCCGUUCACAUCACUCUCUCUGUGAUGCAUAAAUCUUGAUGGUUGCUGGAUGCAGGAUCAACCUCUUGCCCAUUUAGAGAAGGUAAUACAUAUAUACACACUUGUUUCCAUUGCCCAUAGUGGGACUGGGGGAGGGGCUGUUACAUGCCUAGCUACAUGUACAGAACUUUUUCCAGAUCUGAGUGAUGCAGUCCCUGCUUGCCUUGAGUGCCAUAUGUACAGUGAAGUGUGCAGCUUUGGAUAGGGGCAUCUGCAUCAAACUACAACUCCUCUUUACCCAGAAAAUCUUCCUAAUCUUUUGUUUUCUGUCUCCUUUCUCACCUUAAUAUAUUGCAGUUUCCUACUUCAUUUUCCCAUAAGCGCUCCACUCUCCAUUUCCCUGCUCUAUGAGUCUCCAUUAUUGAGAUCUGAUGUACCUUAGAUUUUUUCUUUUUAAAUAUUAUGAACCAAAGUGCAGAAUAAGAUUGUAAUUUGAAUAAAUCGUCAUUUUUCUUUGCAAUUUAAUAUGUUAUUAUUUUAUUUUUUCAUAUUAAAAAGAUAGUGGAACAAAAAAUUUAAAAAAUGGGAGGGGGAAAUCACUGCCAUUUCUGUGUGGUCUACUUUUUUUUUAGAAGUACCACACCUUAUAUAUUGGGAUACAUCUUAUAUACAACCACACUUUAUGGAAAAUAUCUGUAACAUAUGAAGAAGGUGAAUAAGAAUCUUUUUUUAAAGUCAGUAAUGCCUAAAGUGUGUGGCUACAGAAGGAACUUAUGUACAUAGUUGUAAAAUACAGUUCUAAAUUAUUCAGGCCAAUUGUUACCAUUCUUAAAGUCCUCAGUUAUGUUGCUGGGUCUUUUGUAUGCACACAGUGUAAUUAAUUUAAAGCAACAUACACUUUUCCCAGGUUGUAGCUCAGCUGUGGACUUGUGACCUGUGUAUAACUGUUUUAAGAACUUGCAUUUGACUUUUAUUUCACGUUUUUAAGAUUGCAUUUUAAGGAUUUGAAUUGGCUAAUUAUCCUGCUGUUGCUAUGGGACCUAAACGUGACCUGUCAAUCUGCUGUAAAGCACAGAUGGCUCUAUUUAUUGUAGAAAGUGAGUUUAUUUGCUUUCUAGAACUGUUUAUAUCAGAUCGUAUAAGAGAUAAUAAAAUUCUAUGCUUGUAAAGAAAAAAAAUGCUAAUUUUACCUACUAUAAUCUGACUGUCCGAAACUAUAUUUUCUCUCUGAGAAAUAAAUGUUCUAAUGUAAAA